AAUAAAAAUAAAAACAAAAAUAAAUAGGAAAGUUCUGCAAUCCAAAUUACAGAAGUAAAAUCGCAAAAGACACACAAUACACGUACGUUAUGUCUUAGAUGCGCGCGCGCGCAUAGCAUAAAUCAUGUUAGUUACGAUUCUGUUAUUCCGAAUGCACACUCGAUCUCUCCGCUACUAGGGUUCAAUUCAAUGGCAUCCGCCGGUGAAGAUGCCAAACCUCCUCCUACUCAUCGCCUUCUCAGUAUCUCCAAGUCUCUCGUCGCCGGUGGAAUCGCCGGUGGAGUAUCACGAACAGCCGUUGCUCCUCUAGAGAGAUUAAAGAUUCUUCUGCAGGUCAUUCCCAUUAGGUUUCUUGUUACUAUUGUUCAAAAUCCUCACAAUAUAAAAUACAAAGGAACAAUUCAAGGCUUAAAAUACAUAUGGAGAACAGAGGGUUUUAGGGGAAUGUUUAAAGGAAACGGAACUAAUUGUGCUCGUAUUGUUCCAAAUUCAGCAGUGAAGUUCUUUAGCUAUGAGGAAGCAUCUAAGGGUAUUUUAUGGCUCUACCAGAGACAAACUGGAAAUGAAGAAGCUCAGCUCACUCCUGUCCUGCGUCUUGGAGCUGGUGCUUGUGCGGGAAUCAUUGCCAUGUCUGCAACUUACCCUAUGGACCUGGUGCGUGGAAGGAUUACUGUACAGACAGAUGCAUCUCCUCGUCAAUACAGAGGAAUGUUUCAUGCUCUUUCAACAGUCUUCCGGGAAGAAGGCCCUCGAGCAUUGUAUAAAGGAUGGCUACCAUCAGUCAUAGGAGUUAUACCGUAUGUGGGUCUUAAUUUUUCUGUUUAUGAAUCUCUCAAAGAUUGGUUGAUUCGAUAUAAACCACUCGGAAUAGCUCAAGACUCAGAGCUAAGUGUGACCACAAGACUUGCAUGUGGGGCUGCUGCUGGAACUGUUGGUCAGACAGUGGCGUACCCCCUUGAUGUCAUUCGCCGAAGAAUGCAGAUGGUGGGCUGGAAAGAUGCUGCUUCAGUUGUCGCUGGCGAGGGGAAGGGCAAGGCUGAAUACACUGGCAUGGUUGAUGCAUUCAAGAAAACCAUAAAGUAUGAGGGAUUUGGAGCAUUAUACACGGGCUUAGUCCCCAACUCAGUGAAGGUCGUCCCUUCUAUAGCUAUUGCUUUCGUGACAUACGAGAUGGUCAAGGACAUUCUUGGUGUUGAAAUGAGAAUAUCUGACUGAAGAAUAAUUCGCCGGGCAAAAGCAUAAAAUAUAUUUUUUCAACAUGUAAAGUUUACACAUUUUGAUUGUAGUACAUGACUAUUAUAUUUUGUAAAAACAAAAGAAAUGUAUAAAAUUUUAUAUUUUUUUGAAAUGAAUGAUAGAUGUAAGGGUUUUGUUUCAUUCACUCUAUGUUUCUCA